AUGCGUUUCUAUAAAGAAGGUUUGAGCAGUUCCUCAAAUGCCCAUUAAAUCCUAAGUAACAACCAAAUACCCUUAUGUUUCACAAAAAUGAGCAUAGUUUACAAUAAAUAUUAAAUAAAUGAUUCAGGAAUGAUUAUUUUAUUUAAACAACCUCCUGUUAGUGAUCAAAUAAGAGUUAAGGAUUUGAAAGGAGUCAAGAAAAAUUUGUUAUGUAUUUCAAAGUUAUUUUGUAAUAUCUAAUUCAAAUAUUUUAUUUAGGGUUUCUGUUUGAAUAAUUGGACUGUUUAACUAAAGUAUAAAAGAUGAAUUUAAAUUUACAUGAUAUAGCAGCUAGGAAGAGCUAAAAAGAUAACUUUUUGAAGAGGAACUCCAGUCGCAACUUAAAAUCCUAAAUUUCUCUAUCCAGUAAUUCUUUCUUUGUAUUUAAUAAUUAGAUAAUGGGACGAGAAGUAAUUGUGCCUUUCAGAAAUUGUAUUAGAGAAGCAUAAUAAUUUUAUUAAAAUUGUUAAAGUGA